GGAGCCCUGGAGGUGGUCUAUGCCGACAAACCUUUUCACAUUAUAUUUGGAUAAUUAAUUUACCUGCUAACAAACCCAACCUUAGAAAUAAUCCAUUGGGUUUCUGCCACACCGUCUCAGCCUGCAUGUUACAAUGGCCUUCGCAAAACACUUUUCUCAUUGCCUUGGCCUGUUAUGUCUCUUCUUAACAUCUACACUUUUUCAUGCUUCCUUCAUAUCUUCCCAGCGCCUGGCAUUAGGAUACUCCUCCCCCUCACCCGAAACUAACCACACUCUCCUCCUCUCUCCCGAUGGCAUAUUUUCCGCUGGGUUUCAUCGUGUCGGAAUUAACGCCUAUGGUUUCGCUGUAUGGUAUUCUAAUACACCAUCUACACUCGUGUGGAUGGCCAACAGAGAUCAACCUGUUAAUGGAAGGAAAUCUCGUUUCCGUCUUCAAAGAGACGGGGACUUGGUCCUACACAAUGCAGAUGGAACCGUCAUAUGGAGGACUAACACCAGAGCUCUCUCUGUCAAGGAAGCUGCUCUUCUUAACACUGGAAAUCUUGUACUACGCAGCUCUUCUGGACAAAUACUUUGGCAGAGCUUUGAUUCUCCUACUGAUACGCUCCUUCCAGACCAGCGGUUCUCCAACAAUGCACAGCUGAUAUCCAGAAUGGAUAAUCUCACCUACAAAUCCGGUUACCAUCGUCUCUACUUCAAUGAUGAGAACUAUCUCGCCCUCAUUUAUCAAGGUUUCAAUGUCUCCAGUAGGUAUUGGCCUAAACCUUGGCUGAGUGGAUUUGAUAGUGGCAGAAGAUAUUAUAACCUUAGUCGCUUAGCAGUUCUUGACGAAUUCGGUGGGUUCAGUUCUAGCGACCAGUUCAGUUUUCGUGCCUCAGACUACGGAAAAGGCCCCAAAAGAAGAUUGACCAUGGAUAUCGAUGGCAACCUGAGAUUGUAUAGUCUGGACAGGAAGCGUAACAGCUGGAAUAUUACCUGGACAGCAAUGGCAGAGCAGUGCAGAGUUCAUGGUUUAUGUGGGCGCAAUGGUGUGUGCAUAUAUAAUCCAGAGCCCAAGUGUGUGUGUCCCCCGGGUUAUGAAAGGGUAGAUUCAACUGAUUGGUUCAAAGGUUGCCGGGUGAUUAAGAAAUUCUCAUGCACUCCAAAUAGUUCCAAGUUUCUUCAACUUCUGCACACAGAUUUUUAUGGUUUUGACAAUCGUGGGUUUGCAGAUGCGGUGUCGUUUGAAAAGUGCAAGGAAACUUGUGCAAUUGAUUGCGAUUGUGUAGGGUUUGGUUACAUGCUCAAGAGUACAGGACAUUGUUACCCCAAGUCUCUACUUAUCAAUGGGUAUCAAUCUCCUGGGAUUAGAAGCCACAUGUAUCUAAAAAUAUCUGUUAGGGAUUCCUCAGCUACUAACAUCUCAUCUCUGUCGACUUUGUUGCACUCUGACACACUGCGAUGUUCGAAAUUGCCCAUUGCACCGAACUCCACUGUCCAACCAAACGUCAGCUUGCCCAUUGCUGCAACGAAGAGAACAAGAAAUCAGGCAAUUGUUCUCAUGGCAUCUUUUGUUUCUGCUAUUGGGGUCGCAGAAUUGUUUGCAUAGCAUUGGGAUG